AAAAAUACCCGCCACAACGACAGCACAACGUUCUGUUGAUAGUGCAGUACGGUACAAGUUGCAGCUGUUGCAACAACAACAACAAAAAUAGGAACAACAAUCAGAGACAGCAGGCGAGACCCCCGCAAGGAAAGAGAAACACACAGAGGGAGAGAAUCACGCAUACGCCCCAUCAGCCCGACCUCCGUCGCCGCCAAUCGAAUCCCACAAAAGCGUGCCCACACACACACAGACAGACGCACACGGGAGUGAGAGUCCGCCGUGUAAUGACUAGCAAAAGAAAUAAAUAAAAUUUAACCAAAAAAUAGAGAGAGAGCAAGAGCGGGAGAGAGCCAGCUCCAGCUGCUCAUAAAUUUCGUAACGCUUUUGGGUGUAAAUGUGCCCCUUGGUUCAGGGCACGCAGUGAUUGAGUCGUUUGUAAUUCGUAUGCCGUAAAUACAACAAAAUAUGUAAAUGCUAAGGGCGCCCACCCACCCAACACCACCCAAAGCCAGACAGCCAGACAGCCAGCCAGUCCAGCUAGCCAGCCAUCCCACGCACCAGCCAAGGCACGGAGCAGAGCAGGAGGGUGGAGCAGCAGGUGAAGGAGAGUCAACCUAUUUAGGAAUGCGAAUGAAUUUGGCGGUCAAACUUCCAUAAAAGAGACAAAAGAAUCCCCAAGUAGGCCGAAGAUCAAGCCAAAAAAAUAUUUGCUGCUCCUCAAGGCAUGUAAAAUCACAAGUGGAAGGAAAGUUGAAAGGAGCAGCGGUAACAGUUACGGUUGCCAUACAAGAAGCAGAGAGCGCCAGCUAAAGGAAAUCGAACGAUAACGGGAGAGAGAGAAACCAGUAGAAGAGCUGGAGCACACUCGAUAAAAAAUUAUUAGCAAAAACAUAAAUACGUAACGGUUUCGGCUCUCCACCACAUUGCCAUCGCUGCCUGCCAAGAGAGUGCGAGUGAGCGGGAGGAAGGGAGAGAGCAUCGAAUUGAGAGAGCAAGAGAGCAGUAGCGAGCGAGAGAACAAGGGAGCCAGUGAGUGGGUAGGUCAGUGGCAGUGGGCGGUCUGCCAGCUGUGGCAGCCACAACACCAACGCCAGCGCUAGAGUCAACUUCAAAUUUAAAAGGGCAGCAAAGGGCCAAAUGUCCUGUACCAUUUCGGAGCUGCCUAGUGGGUGUCGACUGCGCGGCGGAAUGACUGCAUCCACACCACAGAGCGCUGCUAACAAUGGCGCCAAUGGCGGGGGCAAUGGCAACGGAAACAACGGUAACGGUAACGGGAAUGGGAAUGGCAACGGCAACGGGGGAGGGGGCAGCGAAAGUGCCGUUUCCGUGUCCGUGUCAGUUGGGGGCGGCGGCGUCACGGCAGCCAGUGCCACCUCGAAUGUGCUGCAAGAGUCGAAUGCGGCAACGUUGCAGCGGCCGCAGUCGCAGAAGCCGUGCUGCUUCUGCUGGUGUUGCUGCUGUUCCUGCUCCUGGGGAAAAUGUCUGGCCAUCAAGAAUGCCGAUGAAAAUGCGCCCACAAAGCGUGAUCUCGCUAAUUCCGAAUUCCUAGACGGCGAACAACCCACAUUGGAGGAAAUCCGUAGCUGGGGCAAGAGCUUUGACAAGCUGAUGAAGAGCUCAGCUGGUCGAAAGGUAUUCCAGAACUUCCUGCGCAGCGAAUUCAGUGAGGAGAACAUAUUGUUCUGGCUGGCCGUCGAGGACCUCAAGAAGGAGAACAGCGCCGAGGUGGUCGAAGAGAAGGCGCGCCUGAUAUACGAGGACUACAUCUCGAUCCUGUCGCCGAGGGAGGUGUCGCUGGACUCGCGGGUGCGCGAGAUCGUCAACCGUAACAUGAUCGAGCCCACGACGCACACCUUCGACGAAGCUCAAAUACAGAUCUACACUUUAAUGCACAGAGACUCAUAUCCGAGAUUCCUAAACUCUCAAAAGUUCAAGACACUCGCUCAAAUGCAAGACAAUUCGAAUGCCGGCUCUAAGGCGGAAAGUCCCACUUAGAUCGCAUCGGAUCGUUGUCAGUUCUGCGCUGUGUUGAUUUCUGUGGUUGCUCUGCAUUAGUAUUUCCAUUAGAUUGGGGUCAGUCAUGAAAUCCCUGUAAUACCCCCCGUGGUUGCCUGCCAGCCCUCUGCCACUGCCACUGCCGCUGCUGCAAUCCCCAAAGCAAUAUGUAUCCAUUAAUAGAACCAUUUAACCAUUUUGCGCGCAGCCCCCGCAGGUGAGACCAGGGCAGUGGGCGAGGCAUAUUCCCGGGGCCCGAACAAAGGCAAAACCAAAACCAAAACCAAAACUAAAACAAAAACUUAGACGAUAUGCAUAAAACGUGAAACGGAUUCCUUCUCUACCUAUGUUCUAGUCGUUAACAAACCAAAGAGUUAGGAGCUAAAUUAAUUGUUUAAUCUUAGAGUGUGUAACGGAUGGGGAUCGGGAAACGGAUCUCCGUGACGUAGCAUUUUCAAGGCGGUUCCGGAAGCGAGCGAGGGAAAUAGCAACUAGUGUAAUAUUAGUGAUCUAAGAGACGUAUUAAUCAAAUUGCAUCAGAGAUAACGGAACCGACAACAGUACAGUACGAAUGCGAGAGUACAUUCAACGUAAACCGUAAACCGUAAACCGUAAACCUUAAACCGUAAACAAAAAUACUU